GCUAUUCCUAGGGGUCGAUGGAAAUAAAUACUCUCAUUUCUCACUCGAUUUAUCCCGUCUUGAGGCCAUCAAGCGCUCAUUCACUCGUUCUCUUCUUCGCGCCGUGAUCUCCUGAAAGCUCAUAAUCUGUCACGAUGUUCGCCGAAUUCGCCCUCGCUUCUCUGCUCGCCAUUGCUCCUUUGGCUGGUGCAACGCCUGACGUGACUGUCAAGGUCUUGCCCUCCGAGGAUUGUUCGUCCUAUCCCGGAUACGAUGCGUCGACCGAUACAGCCGGACCUUGGACCAUCCAGCUGGUCGAUAGCGACAACGCUGCCAUUGAAGGCUUCAGCGACACCUCUGUCUACUCGAUAUCCUUUAACCCCAGUACUGAUCGUAAGCCUAGUCUGCGGUGGGGCUCUAUCACUUUCCCGACACGCAAUGACAUCGCCAAGAAUCCCUUGAAGUGUAGCGCCGGUGAGCUUCAGGGUUGGGUACCCACGGAUUUGACGGCUGCCGGUGCCCCGACGAGUUACCAAUGGGUUCCUUUGGUGAUCUCGCCGUACCCGUACGACGCGGCCUUGAUGUGGAAGAUCGAUGGCGAUACGCCCCAGAUCUUCGAGCACUAUGUCGGCGACGUGAAGCAGGAUGGCGUGUUCCUCGGAAGCUAUAACACCAGCACCUCGUGGGGCCUCACGUACGAGGCUGCGGACGUCGGCUCCAGCGGUCAGGACUAUUACUACGCACGGCUUCUGGGACCCAACAGCGCUGACCCUACGACCGGCGCGGCGUUGGGCGCAAAUGAAACUACGACGUUCAUCAAGAUUACGGCCUGAUAACUUCAUCUUCAAGAAGAGAGCUUCGGGAGAUCCUAUGCUUUCACUAAGCAUCAGGAGCAGAAAUAUAAUACCGGGCGGUUCUCAAGAGUAGUUAGCAGGCACAUUUUGAAUGGCGGUGGAGUUGAAAUUUACCUAAUUAUUGCCUCACUUGAAGUAUCCUUGCUAACCUCGAGUUAUCUGUAUUUUUGUGUAGCCUUAUUUAUGUCUAGGGCAGUAGUACAAGUAUGAAGUUACGUACCUAUCGGAAACUUUGCAUUAGAUAAAAGGGACAAAAGGCAGGCACCAACAGGCCUAAUAGGAGUUAAACCUAAACUACCUUUCAUUCCUUUACCUAAUAUCUGCGUUAAAAUCGAUAAGGGGCUAUUGCGGUGAUGGGUAGUAGGUAGGUACCUAGAGGUAGAGUUUGCUUCGUUGGUGCGCGGUUACUCAAAUUAAGGGCCAUUGUAAUAAACUUCGAGAUGUCAACAUUUUCAUUAGGUAAUGACUUGAGUAAAGGGAUGAGAUACAGUUUGGUACGUGAUAGGCGAGGUAACCCGAAGUUGGCUUUUUGGUAACCAACGUACGUUGGAUGAUGAAUUAACACCCACCAACAAUACCUAUUAAUACCCUCGCACUAACACAUGCAACAGCUAACAUCUGGAUGCGAGUUAUUACGCCCCUAAUAACAUUAACUAACAUACGUACAUAAAUAGGCGCAUAGAUGUGUCCCCA